AUGUCAAACGGAUCUCUAGGGUGUGUGCGUGCAGUGCUAUUUGAUAUGGAUGGUCUCCUUAUUGAUAGUGAGCGCAUAUACACUGAUGUAGUUAAUGAGAUUUUGAAGCCAUACGGCAAGGAGCAGACCUGGAGCAUCAAAGCACGUCUUAUGGGCAAGCCGGAACGUGAUGCGACAAUGGUACUCCUUUCGAGCCUAUGGCCGCCGAAUCCCGAGAAAGAAGACGACGUGAAGCGGGGGUUCAGUGAAGACUGCCCUUUCACCAUCGACAACUUCUUGGUAGAGAGGAAUGCGCGUCUUCUCCCCGCAUUUGAAACUGUGUCACCUAUGCCUGGCGCACAGCGCCUCGUCCAGCAUCUUUCCAAGCAUAAUAUUCCUAUCUGUGUCGCAACAGGCAGCAAGCGUCGAAACUGUACGUGGCUCUUGGUACUGACCGGCGGAGUCCAGAUCAAGUCGUCUGCAAACCCUGACCUUUUCAAGUGUUUUGGCGACCGUGUAGUAUGCGGUGACGAUAAGGUGGUAGGCCGAGGCAAACCCAACCCUGAUAUUUUCCUCAUUGCUGCAAAGUAUGGGCUUGGUUUGCAACAUACCAAGGACGGCGAAACAUUCGUGCAAGGUAUUCGUGAUCCAGGUGCCGAGUUUGAUGGUGUAUUGAAAGGGACUGAAGGUGAAGUCUUAGUCUUUGAAGAUGGCUUGCCUGGCGUCGAGGCGGGAUUGGCCGCUGGCAUGAAAGUGGUUUGGGUGCCUGACCCCAAUGGUCCUACCGUCCAGGCGCAUCAAACGAUCUCAUCGCUAAAAGACUUCCAGCCUGAACUUUGGGGGCUGCCGCCAUUUGAUGCAUAA